CCGAGGCGAGAGUGCGAAGAGUGGCACAAGCACGUCGAGCUGUGCGCGGCCGAGCGGGAAUGUGUGAAGCUGCAGCCGAUCGACGACAGCGAAGAUCAGAAGAGCAGCGACGAGGAUGAAGAGGAAGAGGACGGGGUCGUCAAGGGUACGGGGUACGGGUGCGAAGUGGCCUCGGGCAAGCAUGAUGACGAUACCACCACUCAAGAUUUGAGUGGCGACAGCGGCGAAGACGAAGACCUCGCCAACGCUCUGGGUUGUCUCCUGUCCGUGUGA